AUGGCCAGCAGGUGCGGAAAACCUGCAAAACUCGAAUCUCCAAGCCUCAUCUCGUACUGGUUCACCACCUCGCAGCAUCCUUAUCAACACCACCACAAAGAUUACUUCCCCCCUCCAGGGAAACUGAAUGUUGAGACUGUGGAUACAGCAUGGAAUCAUCCCGUAUACACCGAGGCACAGAUGCGUCGGGUACAGCUGGCGCACCGGAACGCCACGACCUGGUCCGAUUGGGUCGCACUGGCAACGGUCCGGUCCCUCCGCUGGGGCAUGGACUGGAUAACCGGUUACCGACACCGUGAGCCCGGCCAGCGACUGCCCGCGCGCUUUGCGAUGACCGAGAGGAAAUGGCUGGCGCGGUUCGUGUUCCUCGAGAGCAUUGCGGGGGUGCCCGGGAUGGUCGGCGGGAUGUUGCGGCACCUGCACAGCUUGCGCCGCAUGAAGCGCGACAACGGUUGGAUCGAGAUGCUGCUGGAGGAGGCGUUCAACGAGCGCAUGCACCUGCUGACGUUCCUGAAGCUGGCCGAGCCGAAGUGGUUCAUGCGCCUGAUGGUGCUGGGGGCGCAGGGGGUCUUCUUCAAUACGUUCUUCCUGGCGUAUCUCGUCUCCCCGCGCACCUGUCACCGCUUUGUGGGCUACCUCGAGGAAGAAGCCGUCAUCACCUACACCCGCGCGAUCGAGGAGAUCGAGGCCGGCAACCUCCCGGACUGGAACAAGAACGGCACGGCGCCGGAUAUUGCCGUGCAGUAUUGGAAGAUGCCCGCGGGCCACCGCUCCAUCCGCGAUCUUCUCUACUACAUCCGCGCUGACGAGGCCAAGCACCGCGAGGUCAAUCAUACCCUCUCCAACCUCGACCAGGCCGCUGAUCCGAACCCUUAUCAAGUCACAUACCGGGACCCUUCCAGGCCACACCCCAGCAAGGGACUGGAGAAUCUCAAAGGCGCAGGAUGGGAAAAGGAGGAGGUUUUCAAGUAAGAUAUAUACGUAUCGGCUGUAGAAGAACGUGCUAAACUCCACGUCGGCG